AUGAAGACAGACUCUCUGAGGACUGGAGACUUCAGCCUCACUCUGAGGAACCCCAUCACCUCUGACAGUGGCACCUACACCUGCACCAUCACUGCAUUUGGAAACACACGGACACUGACAGAAGUAGAUCUGCAGGUCAAAGUGUCCCACCAAGUCUUCACCCUGGAGGUGUACGAGGGGGCGGAGUCAGUCCCGCUGCCCUGUCACAUCCCGUUUGUAUCUGGACCCUCCACAGUGGUGUGGAGCCGCUACGACCUCAAUCCUCCAACCGUCCACCAGCGUCAGCAGGAAGAGGACGAGCGGACAGAUCAAAACCAGCGUUACAGAGACCGAACAUCCAUGAAGACUGACGCUCUGCAGACUGGAGACUUCAGCCUCACUCUGAGGAAACCCCACAUCUUUGACAGCAGCAACUACACCUGCACCAUCAGAGUGACGGGAGAAGAACCCAGACUGACAGAUGUUCAGCUGCAGGUCAAAGAGCCGUACACUUUCCCAGCUGAGGCCUGGGUGAUCCUGGCUGUCCUGGCCAUCGCUGCCAUUGUGGGUCUUGGAGUGUAUUUAUGGAAACUCCUCUACAGAGGGAUUGAGUGGUUUGCAGCACUGGGCAAUAUUCCCGAAGCACCCCCACAGGAUCUCUACGGAAAACCCCCAAGUUGA